GCGCCUGACGCGGGCCGGGGACCCAGGAAGGCGCCGGGCGUGCGAAGUUGGUCUCCUUAGUCCUGGUCUCUGCCCCCUUUAGUUUAAAAGCCUGCGUCUCCACGGAAAGGAGGCUGGAGAUAGGGGUUCAGGCCGACUCUCUGCAGCCACGAGCUGGGACCUGAGGGUGCCGGGCCGCCUUCCUCCAUGGCCGUGGCGCGAUUCUGGGUCUGCGCCGCCGCUGCCGGCUUCUUUCUCGGCUUCCUGGUUUUACAUUCGCGUUUCUGUGACUCUCCAGUUUUGAGAAACUUUGCUUUUCAAAUUUCCUGGAAAACUGAGAGAAUUCUUUACCGGCUGGAUGUGGAUUGGCCUAAGCAAUCAGAGUAUUUCACUGGAGCCACAUUUUGUGUUGGAGUUGACUCCCUCAAUGGAUUGGUUUACAUAGCACAAAGAGGGAAUAACAUCCCAAAGGUAUUAGUGUUUGCAGAGGAUGGAUAUUUCCUACGAUCCUGGAAUUAUACAGUUGACACACCUCACGGUAUGUUUGCAGCCAGUACACUACCCGAACACUCCAUCUGGAUCACGGAUGUAGGAAGUGGAUCCUAUGGUCAUACUGUUAAAAAAUACAAUUCCUUUGGUGACCUUGUUCAAAUCUUGGGUACCCCAGGCAAAAAAGGCACUGGUUUGAACCCCCUGCAGUUUGACAAUCCCGCAGAAUUGUAUGUAGAGGACACAGGAGAUAUUUACAUUGUGGAUGGAGACGGAGGGCUGAAUAAUAGAUUGAUCAAACUGUCCCAAGAUUUCAUGAUCCUUUGGCUGCAUGGAGAAAAUGGGACAGGACCUGCUAAGUUCAACAAACCUCAUAGCAUUACAGUUGAUUCAGCUGGUCGGGUGUGGGUUGCUGACCGAGGAAAUAAAAGAAUUCAAGUAUUUGAUAAAGACACUGGAGAGUGGUUAGGAGCAUGGAGUAGGUGUUUCACAGAGGAGGGGCCUUCUUCAGUCAGAUUCACUCCUGAUGGGAAGUACUUGAUUGUGGCCCAGCUGAAUCUGAGCAAGCUUUCAAUCCUCGCUGCACCCCCGGUGGGAAGCAUUGGGGACUGCUCCGUGAUCAGCACCAUCCAACUAGCAGAUGAAGUUUUACCGCAUCUCUUAGAAGUUGAUAGAAAGACUGGAGCAAUCUACGUAGCAGAAAUUGGAGCAAAACAAGUACAAAAAUAUGUCCCUUUGAGUAGCUACCUUUCUUCAUUUGGUUCCUAGUGGGAACCAAACAUUACAGGUAUUUCAGGUGCCAGUUCUGAGUUUCAGAUUCAUUAAGUACUUGAAAAUGAUGUUGAGCACAAGAAUUUGUUUUUCUUUACCUAGUUUAGUAUCAGAAAGAUUUGUUUUUAUAUCAUUAAGUACCAUAAAUUUUGUUGCCAUUCUUGGGACUUAGUUUUACUUAUAAGUGCACAGAGAUAUUUUCAUGAGAAGAAUGAAACUUUUAAAAAUUGGGUUGGAAAAAGUGACUAGUGUCAUAACGUCAUUGUUUUCCCUGGUAGACUAAUUCUCCAUGGGUAAAAAGAAGAACAAAAACAAGUUUGUAGGAUAAUUUAUUAAAUUGAGAGAUAUAAGAAAGGUGAGCUAUUGAUUAAUUUGAGUACCCACAGAGUGCUGGGGCCUCAGCAUUCAGAAAUGAAGAACAGAGCUGCCUGCCUUCUGAGUAGCUUGCAGUCCAGUGGGGAGGAGGCGGGCAUGCAGUGGCAGCGUGCUGGUGUUGGGGGUCUUUUGCAAGGAGGAGCACCACGUCUGACUGAGCGGUUCAUAGAGUCUUGGAGGAGAAAUGAAUUUGAGUCGGAGCUGGACAGCUCUGAGCUUGCGGAUGAGCUUGCUGUGGUCCAAGUAGAGAAGGGACAAAAAAAUGGGAAACUUGCUGUAACCCUUGGUAGUUUUGGGGCUUUUUCAAAAGUCCAACUUGGCUUUUGUUCCUUAGCUGUAAGAUACUUGAUGUCUGUCAGCCCUUAAAGAUGGGACUGAAAUGGCUGGCAGCUAAGCACUUUACUGAAAGAGGUUUUUGCAUAUGCCUUGAGUGUUUUUAAAGGUGGAAUUCAAAAGGGACCUCUCCUCCGUGCUCCCUUCUUUUUUUUUUUUUUCUUUUUCUUCUUUUAAACAUGAACUUAAUUCUUCCCUGGUGCUUGUCUACCUCACAGAAGUUCCAGGAGAACUAAUUCGGUGGGGCUGUGCCAAACAUUUUGAGCUGUUCAGAAAGGCGACUGCUUUCCUGCCUUCCUUUCUGUAUUUCAUUUCCCCCCUUUGUUGUGAGUAUGUUGGCUUCCCAACCAAGAUAUUUUUUUUUUUCAGUUUGCUUUUAUUUACUGUGCGUUUUGGUGGAAGCUCGCCACGUUCUGAUCUUUCAGAUCACUCUUCCCCUUCCUCCUGUAGCUUCCCUCUUUUCACGUGUUACUGUAAAUCCCCAGCCUGUAAUAAACCUGGAGCUGACCGUGCUCGUUGCUGGAGCACUCUCUCUACCCGAAGGAACUUGCACUUGUUUUGAUGCUUGGAUUAUAUCAUUUGAUGUAGUUAGAAAGGUAAUUCUACCAACAUGAAACCCCAUCCUGUAUCCUAAGCCAUUGAUACAUAUGUUGGUGCCAGUCAUCAGACUCCAUGACCUUGAAUGAGUCACCUUAGUCCUCGUUCAGUUAGACGGGAACAUUGCUGCCUUUCCUCCUUCACGAGGCUGUGAGGAUCAGACGCGCGACAGAGACGUACCCUUGGAUAUCUGGCUAUAGCUCUGAGUGAGUUAGAGGCGUUUUAUUAACAAAGGUUCCAAAUGUGCUGUUUACCUGAUACCAACUACAAGGUUUGCCUUAAUUUUGUGUUUAUAUCCUCUUAUCAAAACAUUUUCUAAUGGACUUUUUGCAGUUUACCUACUAUGGUCAACUGAUGUGAAUGAAAGAAGGUCUUUUAGGGUGGGUUGAUUUGCUUUUGAGCCAGGACAAGAAGUGCAAAUGCCUCUCUGAAGGAAUUUAGGUUAGGUCAACUGAGUUUAUCAUUUCUGAAAUGUUUUAUUUAACUUUGUUUUAUACCAGAUUCCUAUAAACCCUACUGCAAAUAGUAUUUCUGUGUAUCUUGCUAAAACUUGUGUUUAUUUUAUUAGCAUACUUGCAAUCAUAGAUUUCACUUUUUUCUUUUGAUUAGUAGAUUAAAUGAAUGAUAGAUGUGUUUUCUACUGAAAAAUAGAAAUUAAAUUAUUGUAUUAAAAAAGACAGUAUCAUCUGGCUCCCCAAUUAAAGUUUGAUUUUAAUGUCAUAAAAGCAGUUUAUGACUUUUUAUUCCAUUAAAGAUUUACAACGAUCAUGAAAUCACAAGUUGGUGCU